AUGUCCUCCGUCAACGAUAACUCUUCGCCGCUACCGGGCGACGGAUCGAAGCGAAAGCAAGGCUCCGCCGCCUGUGUCCAUUGCCACCGGCGCAAAGUUCGCUGUGAUGCCCGUGUCGUCGGAACCCCUUGUACAAACUGCCGUGCCUCUGGAAAGUCCGACUGUCGUAUACACGAAAAGAAAAAGCGUCUUGCGGUGCGCUCAAUUCUAGAUCCCGUUCCGAUCCGAUCUCGGCCACUCCCCGCGUCUGAUCCUACUUCGAACCCUUCUCUUGCAGCGGGGACCCCGCUCCCACCAAGUUUUCCCACUGCUUUUCCCGGUCACACACCGCUCGCCGGAGGUAUCCCGCAAAAUGGCUUCCAGCAAGGUACUGGAUCGGAGGCAUUCGGGCGCCAAGGCCCGGACUUGGCGCAUGCUCACGAGGCACACUCGGAGAUGGAGCAACAUCUCGUGAAAUUGAUAGAUGAGGAAGAUUCUGGUAGGAGGGAAAUCCAGAGAGGUGUGCGUGCCUUCUACGUCGGGCAUGAACUAUCAAAUAUGUCAUUCUUGAUCCGGCAACAACGAGACCAAGAUGACGAUGUAUACCACUUUGCCAGCAACGAAAUUCCCCGGCGCCAAAUGAAGACCGGCCAUGAUCAGCUUCUAAUGGAUGCUCUGACACUUCCCGAACCGGCACUUGCAGAUGAACUAGUGCAAGCGUAUUUUACCUAUGUGAACCCAGGUUACCCGAUCAUCGAUGAAGAUUUAUUCAUGACACAGUAUCGGAAUCGAGAUCCCACAGAUCCACCGCCGAUCUUACUUCUGCAAGCUAUUCUCCUUGUUGGAACACAUGUUUCCCGUGCAAAGGUAGAGCGAGACGCUCUUAAAGAAAUCUUUUUUCGACGCACUAAAUAUUUGUUCGAUAAUCGCAUUGAGAGAAACCGAGACAUUCUCGUUCAAGCUGCCCUUCUUUUGACGUGGCAUUCGGACAGUGCAGACGAUGAUGUUGCUGCAGAUGCUCAUUUUUGGGUGGGUGCAGCUGCACGAAUUGCCACGGGACUUGGCAUGCAUCGAAAUCCCGUUUCUAGUAGUUUCGUGACCCGCGAUAGACGCAUGUGGCGGAGAGUCUGGUUCAUUUUGGUCCAAUUCGAUGUGUUAAUAUCUCUAUCAUACGGCCGACCCCAAGCAAUCAAUUUGGACGAUUCCGAUGUUUCUCCUUUGACUACUGCUGAUUUCGAAAACUGUGGUCCCCACGUACAAUCGGAAUAUGUGAUACAUUUUACUGAGCUCUGCACAAUGAUCUCAUAUCUCAUUCGUGAUCGAUUUGGGCUUCGCGCAAGUGAGGAACGAAGAAAGGCUGUUCUGCAGGAAGCUGAUAGUUCAUUGGCAACUUGGUCUCUAAAGCUUCCUGACAACCUUCGUCUGCGAGCAUCUGACAUGGAUCCAUGGUCCGCCAUGCUCCAUUUGACAUACAACAACUUCCUCAUUUUGCUACAUAGGCCACAUCCCAGAGCCUCAGCAUACUCCGAUGAUUAUGGUCCCCACGAUGCAGAAAUUUGUAGUGCAGCAGCCGGUGUGAUUGCGUCCAUCUUUGAAGAGCUCAGGAUGAAUGAUCGCUUGAAAUAUCUCUGGUACACUGGUGUUCACACUCUUUUCACAGCCAUGAUCCAAGUUCGGGUUGAGCUUCGGUUCUCUAAUCCAGUUCUUGCGAUCAACGCCUUGCGGCGUUUCGAUUCAGCAUCUUACUCGCUGCGCGAGUUGGCUCAAUACUGGGUCCAUGCUGGCACAAUCCUGCGACUCUUCGAGGAUUCCAAACGCUUGCAAGAGGAUCUUCGCAUGGCAACCACUGAACGGCCCAAGCCAUUUGGCGAUCCUCAACAUUCACACAAACUUCCGGUUGCUUCACCCGCUUCAUCAGCAUCCAUGGCACCAACACCGCGGCCCAUGUCAUUUGGUGUUCAUACCCCGGAUUCUACAACCCUACAGCAUACUCUCUCACCGCAGCCCCCUACUCAAUUCGACAAUUGGAUCACUGCCCCUCUCCGACUCAAUGUGGGUCCAUUGGAAAGAAACGAUCCCUUCUCAAGCAGCAUGCAAGUGGAUUCUAUCGAGCCGGCUCGGGACUAUCCAGACUGGCGCCAGCUGUUCGCGUUUGGUGAUGUAGAUCUGCCUCCACCUGUUGGGGUGGAAGGUCUCCCCGAGCUCGAAGACGAGUGGCGACAGAUAUACUGGCAAGAUGCCCCAAUGGCGGAUCUCAUCCAUGAUGGAGGAUGGGUUCCUCACUAG